AUGGUUCAACACAGAAAAACUCUGACAGUUAAUUUCACAAGAGGUUGGAAAGAUUACAAAAACGGUUUUGGGACAAAUGCAGAGUUCUGGUUAGGUAAUGAAAUAGUUCAUCUUCUAACAAGCAGACAUCACAAUCAGCUGUACAUUGGGAUAAUAGAUACAAAUGGUAGUUAUUUGUACCAAAAGUACCAUUUUAUCAGAGUUGGACCCGAAAGCGAUAAGUACAGACUGCAUAUUGAGGGACCGACCACAGGGGAUGCAGGUGACUUUAUUCUUCGAUACAACAAUAGCAAAUCAAUCAAUAAUCAACGUUUUACCACGUUUGACAACGAUAACGACAAUAACGCCGGAAAUUGCGCAACCGGAACUGGCGGGUGGUGGUACAAUUCGUGUCAUUAUGUUGCCUUGAAUAACGACCCAGAUAGUCCGGAAACUGUGUACCAAGACAGGGUCCCAAAUAUGAGCCACUUCAGAUUCUCUAGUAUGAUGAUAAACAGAGCACCAUAACAUUUCAACCAGUUGCAAGAAAAGUUGUGAAUUUUUAUUCAUUUGCCU